GGUCCACUGAACUUAGGGGUGUGGGGGGUCCCUCUUGCUGGGACUUGGCAAGGGGGUCCACUUGGCCUAAUUGAGAACUUCUAGUUCCUGUUUCUGUUUAUAAAGGAAUUUUUGCCCCUUUUUCUUUCAUUGCCCAGCACUGGGCAACAAAUCUUCCCCAUUGGAAACAAAGGACCACAAUGGAAAUAAGUCACUCUGACUUUUCUGGGUUAUCACAGGUUCUCUACACAUAUGCUGCUAUGUUGAUAAUGUAACUGUAUUUGUGUAUACCUGAAUAAACUUUACAUGGCGAUGUCGGGCUCGAUACAGCGUAGACUAUCAGUGUCCCUGAUAGACCAACAAAGAAAUUUAUAGGUUCAGUUCUACAACAUUUACUUGAUGAGACCAUUGUAAAAGUUUAAAAAUGUAUACAAAGUUUGAUUAAUAGCUUGUUCUGCUUGCUGUGGAACUGAUGAUCAUUCCCCGGCACAGGUGAAACAGUUGGGGAACUGUCUGCCAUAUUUCCAUUGCGGUCCUUUUAAUUUUGCCCCUCAGGGUCGACUUAGCCGACAUCAUUGACAUACUGUAUGGCAAAACCCUGGUUAUGCAGAGCAUUUUGGGAAUAUUUGUGUAUUUGUGUGCCUGUACCUAAAUAAACUUACUUGGGUUAAUCAUGUUUCCCGGGAUGCGACCCACACCAGUUGACUAGCAACCAGUACCUACUUACUGUUAGGUGAACAGGGACAGCAUGUGUCAGGAAACAUGCCCAACAUUUCACCCAUGGUGGGGAUUGAUCCCGGAUCCUCAGUGUGUGAGCUGAGGAUGCUUCCAGUCAAGCCACUUUGGGCAUUAUUAUUAUUGUUAUUAUUCCUUUAACUUAACAGCCAUCUCCUGCCAAGGUAGGGUGACCCCCAGAGAAGAAAACACAUUUGCCAACAUUCACUCAAUUGCUGUCUUUCCAGAAGUGUGCUGACAUCACAGUCAGAUUAUACCUCUAAUUGCAUAAUCCUCACCCCUCCUUCAGGGUGCAAGCUCUGCCCUUCCCACCUCCAGGGCUUGAGUCUGGCUAACAGUUUUUCCUGAAUGCCCUCGUAAAACUUACCCUGCUCACACUCCAACACCACAUAAUCCAUUAAAACUUCCUUAUCUCUAUGCACUCCUAUCUAACACACACAAGCCUGAUGGGUGCUCAAGCCCCUAAAACUCAAAGCCUCCUGUACCCUUUCCCUCCAACCAUUCCUGGGAAGGACCCUUUCUUUCCCUUCUUCCUUUCAUUCCAGAUUUAUAUACUCUUUUCAUCAAACUAUCAAUGUCCAUCCUCUCUACAUGCCCAUACUACCUCAAGAACCUCUUAACUAUCUGAAUUAUACCCUUGGUCACCCCACAUCACCUUUUAAUUUCUAUACUGAAUUCUCUGCUUGAUGUUCACUCCCCACAUUGCUCUCAAACAUGACAUCUCUGCUGCCUCUAGCCUCUUUUUUUCUCUGCAGCAUUCAAAAAUUCAAAGCCCAUGCCCCAGCUAUAUGUAUAGAAGCUUUUCCAGAGGGUUGUUAACCCAGAAUAUUAGUUACUGUACUGCAUAAUCCAUUUUCUUUACAGUCUGUAUUUACUCUUUUUACCUGAUUUCAGAAUGUGAGAAUAAAGUUAUUCAAACUAUGAUAUAGUUUACAGCUGGUCCUUAGGACAAACCACCUGCCAUCAUGAGUGAUUUUGAUGUGAGCAGCUCAGAUUCAGAACCUGUCUCUGAUGUCAACCCAGAGGAGAUGGCCAGAUUGAUGGCUGAUCUGGAUGACAUUGACAGUGAUCUUUUUAAAGGUAAUCUAAAGUCUUCUGCAAAGGUAACUGGUGGAAGAACGGAUCCUAAAAUACAAGAUGGUAAACAGUCUUCAAGGCAAGAAAAUUUGGAUAAGAAACCAGUGACUCCGGCUAAACCAUCAGGAAAGGCUUCAGAUGAUGACAGUGAUGAUUGGGAUGCUGAUGACCUCUUGCAUUCUGAUGAAAUAAGACCUCGAGGACAGUUGGCUAAAAAUCCAGACUUGUCAGAUAAAUUGAAGUCUUCAUCUGGAAAAGCUUCUGAUUCUAGAAAAAAGGAUGAGAACGACAUUGAUGAGUCCACUAAGAAGGCUGCCUCUAAAAGUAAAUUGAUGGCUGAUUUAUUUAAUGAUAAUUCUGAAGAUGUAACUAAAGAAUCUAAAAUGACUAAGUCUCCUAAGAAAGAUAAAAGCAAACUGAUGAAUGAUUUAUUUGGAGGGGCUGAUGACUCUAGUCCUGAUAAAUUUGAAAUCUCUGCAGCAAAAACUACUGCAAGGAGAGGAACAGCAAAAAAAGUACAAGAUGAUGAUUUAUUUGAUGAUGGUGAUGAUUUACUGGGUGGCUUGGAGUCAAAACAGAAACCUGGAUCAGGUAAAGAUCCUGUUAAGGGUGGAAGCUUUUUAGAUAGCUUGUUAAAGAAGAGCAGUGCUGAAACUCCCAAGAAAAUGAAAGAAAAAUCUCUAGACUUUGUUUUAGAUGAUAAGUACAAAAAAACAGGUAAAGAUACUAAGGAAGAGAAUGUCAAUUUUGGGGAUUAUAAACCAUCAGCAGCCAAACUAGACAGUCCAAAGAGAAGAACUCCUAAGAAAUCAGUUGCUAAUGAUAACUUUGAUCUCUUCAGUGAUAAUGAGGCAAGAAGACGGAAUCCACGGUCGGCACCGCAGAGGAAAACAUUUGAAGUAGAUGAUGAUGAUAUUUUGAAAAAUGUUAGAUCUCGUAAAGAUGGAAGCAAGGAAAGUAGCAAAGAUGCUAUUCCAAGUGCACCUAGUUCAAAUAAGAAGAUUAAAGAGACUGCAAAAUCUCCUACAAAAAAUCAAAAUAAAAAUGACUGGCUUUUUGGUGAUUCUGGGUCUGUGGCAGAGUUUGCAAACAAAAAUAUGGAUGACACUCCAAUUACAGCAUCCAUUGACCAAGAUGAUAGUGUUACAAAACCUUCUCCCAGCAAAAAUCAGGAUUGGUUGGGAAGUCUCUUGUCGAGCAACAAGAAAUCACCUAGCGUUUCUAAAAAGGUCACAUCCCAAGAUAACUCUGCAAGUGCAGCACCUUCAGUUGCAUUGUCAAACAGUGUGGCAGUAACUGCCUCACCCAGUGUGCAUAUAGCAGACACUGGUCAAGGCAGUGUUGCUCCUACCACUCACAGUGUUCAAGUGUCGUCAGCUCCUAGCACCUUCUCUGUCCCAGCUCCAGUUCCCACAAUGCUUUCCUUAACACCUACAGUUGAAGUAGGACAUUUAUCCAGUGAAUUAGAGCAUCAGUUUAUGAAACAACAGCAGGAGGCCCAUGCUCAGGCAGCUGCUAUUGCAGCUCAGUUACAGCAAAAUCAAAAUCAGCUUCAGAUGCAUGUGGCCCAACAGCUACAGCAGCAGCAACAGCAGCAUAUGGUUGAUCUAAUGAAAAAGCAGCAGCAGGAAGCUGCUCUGAUGAGAUGUAAGGAUGCAGUCUCAACAGUGCCUUUAAACACUUCCAUCCAAUUAAAUAAUUCAGAGAAUCACCAGAAAGUUGAGAUUGACUUAAGAGCAGCAGAAGUAGAAGUUGAAAAAUUGAAGACUGAACUGAAUCUUCUUCGUAAACAACAUGCAGAAGAAGUGGCAUUACUGGAGGAAGGUCAUAGGAGAACAAUGGAGGUGGAGAAGGAGGUGUGGGAUCGGGUGGAGAAGAGGUUGAGAGAAGAACGUGAUAGUUUGUUGUCUGACUUCCAGAUGAAAAUGUCAUUAGUUCAGGAAGAGAAGGAGAAUUUGGCAUCUUCAUAUGAGUCACAGCUGGCAAGCAUCAAGUCUGAGUGGUCUCAGGCAGUGGAACGUACAAAAGAGUUAUACUCAGGAAUGAUAGAAAGAAUGAAGGAAGAACACCAUGCAGCUCUGGAGAGAAUAUCUCAGCUUAAAGAACUAGAAUUGAAAGCUGUAAUAUCUGCCUCAGGACAAGUCAGAGAGGUUGAGACUGUGAUGACACAGUUGGAGAAUAAUACUUCUAACCUCUCUGAGUUAACAGCUUCCAUUAACAUCCGCCAUGACUCUGCCUUGGAACUGACACAAAGGGCACUUAAGAUGAAGGAGAAACAGCUGCAAGAAUUUGAGGCACAGUUAGCAGCAUCACGCGCUGAAUCAGAGAAUGAGAGAAGCCGACUUAAUACUCUUAUACAAAGACUCGAGAGCACCCUCAUGCUGCAAGGUUCAGAGGUUGAAAAGGAACGGUGGCGGCUAGCUCAAGAGCGAAUGAAAAUUGAAAUGGAGCGCCAAGCAAUGGUAGAAGAACGAAGACACCUACAGACCAGUACAGAAACGGAACGACAAAAUUUAGCCACUGCUCGGGAGAGUUUGAUGGCAGAACAUCGGUCUUUAUUACAGUCAGUGAAUCAGCAGAAGCAGGAAUUGGCCAGUCAACAAGCAUACAUAAAUAUCCAGCAGAAAUUGGCUCAUGUUUCUACUCUGCAGACCAAUAUCAAUGGAGGUACUAUGACUCAAAUGGAUGUAGCUGCUGAGAUGAAUGCAUUAAAAGAAGAGCACCGUUGCUUGCGAGAGAAGAUAACAGCUGUAAAUUGCCAUGAACAACAGUUAAAUGAAGAGGAAGCAAGAGUAGAACAGCUAAAACUACAACUAGAACAAGAGAAGGCAAAGCUAAAACUGAACCAAGAUAUUCUUGUUCAAGAAAAGAUGUUCAUGGCCCAGACUCAAAAAGAAAUUGAGGAAACAAGAAAAGAAGUUGAUGUUAUUCGUCAUGAGCAGGAGAUCAAAUUUAAUCAGAUUACUUCACAGACCCGAGCUCUUCACAUGCACCAAGAAAGAAUAGAAAAUGAGAACUUGAAAUUAGAACAGUUAAAGGAAGAAGUGAUUCGUUUAUCAAAAUUAGGCUUAUGUGCCACUUGCCGGACAAAAGGAGCUGGAGAAUUCCUGCUGGAAAGGUUAAAACCACAAAAUGGACGUCUCCCAGGGGAUGGUGGAGAAGGACAUAUCAGUAGCUCUCUAAAAGUGGAGAAUCAUAAUAUAAAUAUGUCUCCAGCUUCAGUUCUUGCUCGUUUAGCAGCUGCACAAGGACAUGAAAAUGUGGAACGAGAAAAAAGACUUCUGCAGAUUUCUUGUAUGGAAUCUUCUUGACAUUUGUCUUGUAUUUGUGAAUAAAUUUACAGAUUUAA